AUCAAUUGGAACUGGCCCUUAUUGGACUAUGUUUUAAUUUCACUUUGUUCUGCUUUUCUGGUUAUUCGCACUAAACUUCCAAUUGGAAUAUUGGAAUAUUUCCGAGAAAACGUAAAACAAUAACAUAACUGGACCCAACUAAGAUCGUUAUCGUUAUCGAAGAUCUUCGUUUCCCAUUGAUUAAGAUUAAGUCAAGAUUGGCCAGCCUCAUACUUGUUUGAAUUGCCGUGAGUAUCACAUGAACAAGUGAUUAUACGGACAAUGAUCAAUCCCCAACUUUUGCUGAUCGCCGCGCUUAUUGCGUUUAUUGGGAAAGUGGCACACGCUCAAAUCGCCUUUGUUGAGGAUCAAGACAUUGAUAAGAAGAAGGCCAACCUUGCGGGUCGCAAGCCACUGUAUUCGCCAGCCCGAUGCCCCAAGCACCAGCUUCUUUAUCCGGGGGACCAGCAGAAGCAGAACGACUGGGUUUGCGACUGCGCGCCAGCCACACUGUAUUACCCGGAGACCGAUGGCUGCUAUCCGGCCUACCGACAGGGACCCUGUGAGGCUGGACAGAUUCUGGUGCUCUACAAGGAGGAGAUCAUCCCGAAGUGCGUACGAAAUCCAUGUAACAGGGACGGACACUUUAUGAUUCGCGACACAUGCUAUGAGUUCGGAAACACCAAGAAGGAAGAAAACCCGUGUCCUUACCAGGAGGCUUCCUUUGUACUUGGCGUGAAUCCCACCAACUUGAUGGUGGACUGUGUGAAGCUGUCCGUUCAACUGGAGACGCGUAUUUCGGACACGGAGCAGGCUCCGCCGGAAUACUACGUUGAUUUGGCCGAGAAAUGCGCACGCGGCAGUCGCCUAAUGGCUCAGGGAAAGUGUCCUUAAAGGAUUUUAACAUUAUGUGCUUAAAUGUAUUGUGUUCUGUUUGGUAAUGUGUGGAGGCCAGUGAAGAAUAGCGAAUUUGUUCCAUGUUUAAGACAGAUAUAAUAUGAUUACAUACCAUUUCUCAAAAUG